AUGGCCAUUCAUCCGAGAUUACGCCCCCAGGAUUCUCAGGGCAGCCUCUCGCCGCAACAGACCCUCGCCAUCUCCGCCUGGACCGAACAAGCCGCCUCGUCCCUGCAAGACCUUUCUCUCUCGGACUCGGGGCCGGCACCCCGCAAUGACAGCGAGGCCCAGGCCCCGACACCGAGCCGCCCCAGCCUGCGCGGCACCACCGUGUCCCUCUCGAUUCCGCUCGACGAUACACCUCCAACCCCAUCGCCACGAGUCAAGGUGGUCGCCUCCAAGCCCGAAGAGUCCCGUCCACCCACCGUGAGUUUCCGUCGUCGCGAACCUUUGCGCCGGGAUAGCCUGAAGCGUCGCGAGGCGCUGCUUAAAGGGAAGGACGGGAGUCGUCGCCGACAGCGCUGGGAGAAUGACCGACUGCUACAUAACCCAUGGGCCGAACCCCCUUCCUCAAAGGACUGGGAAAUCCGCCCGACAUACACCCGCCACGAUCCCAUGCCGUACUACCUGGCCCCGCUCUGGGACGUGCACUACGCGCACAUGGCCGAAAGCCCGCGCAAUGGCAAAGUCGAAGAGAAGCACCGCGUGCCGAAGGAUCUGCGCAUGAAGCUCAAGCAUGCGCGGGCGGCGCGCGGUCUGCUCCAGGAUCUGGAGGAGGAGAUUCGGCUGUUCAUCCGGAAGUGGAAUGAGAAGCAGGCGUUUCUGAAGAAUGAGGGGUUGCUGGAUGCGCCGAGUGAUUCAGAGGAUGAGAUUGUAUUUGUUGGUCGGAAUGGGCAGAUGCAUGAUGCGCCGGAACGGAGGGAGACGCUCCGACAGAUGAGAGAGGAGAUGAGUGGGCGUGAUGAGCGGGAUGGGGAGAAGAUGGUUUUUGAAAGUUUGGUGGAGGACCGGGCGGCGGGUUUUGGCCGCUGGCUCGUCCACUCCAUCGCCUCAUACUAUGGACUACAUACUUGGUCCGUGACUGUCGGCGAACCAGCCCGCCGCGAAGCCUACGUGGGAUUCCGGGCACCGGUCCCAGGUAGUCGCGAUGGCCUCGUCAACCAUCCGACCUGUCGCGCGGAAGCGAUUCAGCCGGGCGACGAGCUUCCGCGACCGCUUUACGCGCAGGUCUAG